GAUAAGGUUGCUGUUUUCAAAAUAUUCGUUCGAAAAAAUGAAAAUAUUCGCGUGAUAUCUUCGCGAUAUUCUGUAAAAUAAUCUUCAGAAAAUGUACAUCGUUUUCGUGUUCGAUCGUAAAUGUGAACUCGAAGGAUGAAAUGGAGAAGUAAACGCUGCUUAGAGAACAUUCAAAAUGGCUUAUGAUCAUUUUUCGGCUCUCGGACCAAAUCACGUCCGAGAGAUCGAUUACGAUGACAUUGAGAAGAAAGAAAUUGUUGGCAAAGGAUCAUUCGGAACUGUUUACAAAGGUGUCUGGGAGAAUAAACUCGUCGCCGUUAAACACCUCGUGACUGAAGUAGAACGUUCGCUUUCGAUAGAAAUACGUCAAAUGUCGAGAGUAGAUCAUCCUAAUAUUGUAAAACUCUACGGAGCUUGUCUCAAAACACCCGUUUGUCUUGUGAUGGAAUACGCCGAAGGUGGAUCGUUAUACAACGUUCUUCACGGUGAUCAAAAACUACGUUACAAUGCCGGACAUGCCAUCAGCUGGUGUCUACAAUGUGCCAAAGGAGUAGCUUAUCUACACAAUAUGAGACCGAAGGCGUUAAUUCAUAGAGAUCUAAAACCACCGAAUUUACUAUUAGACUCGACUGGCAAAGUAUUGAAGAUUUGUGACUUCGGAACAGCCUGUGACUUGAAAACUUACAUGUCGAAUAAUAAAGGCAGUCCGGCUUGGAUGGCACCGGAGGUGUUCGAAGGACACACUUAUAGCGAAAAAUGCGAUAUUUUUAGCUGGGGUAUUAUCCUAUGGCAAGUACUUUCUAGACAGAAACCGUUCAACGAAGUUGGCGUGAAUGCUCUUCGAAUAAUGUGGUCGGUUCAUCAAGGUAAAAGACCGCCGCUGAUAGAAGGCUGCCCUAAACCGUUGGAAAUCCUCAUGACUAAAUGCUGGUCUAAAGAUACUAGCAGUAGACCACCGAUGCAAGAGGUAGUUCGUCAGAUGUCAGCUUUAUUUAGAUUUUUUCCCGAACACAGCGAACCUCUCGUGUACGAAUAUUACGAUUCUUCUAGAAGUAGUAUAGACGAUAUGCAAACUGAAGAAGACUCUUGUGUAUCAGACAUUCCCGAAUCAAGUUUAGAUAGUCAAAAAAGUAAUAUUAAAUCGAUAAGUGGUACCACAGCACGGACAGACACACAUCUAUCUAGUCCAUUAAAUAUAGACGUUAAAGCUGGAGGUGAUCCAUGGAGCGAUUGCGUUAUCCAAUUACCAGAAGAUGCCCUAAGCUGUAGACAAAACUCAUCUGAACAAGAUGCUCGCAGUAAUUAUAACGGUUUUGCAGACUCCGAACUCGAUGGAACUGGUGCUACCGACGAAUCGACAGAUGAGUUCGAUGAUAAGUUGUAUCUAACGCUGGAGCCCAAACUACGACCCCUUGAACCGGAUCCAGGAUGCGAAGAAAGCGUGGAAACUUUCAAAGAACAUAAAGAAAUCGCUAAAGAGUAUCUCAAAGUACAAACAGAACUAGCCUAUUUGGCGCAGAAGCUACAAGAUUUGCAGGAGGAAGCUAGUCGUUGCGAGUCGUUACAAUCUGAAACAGAAGAUCAGCAAGAAGUGAAGAAAUUACGAGAAGAGAAGGACAGUCUUUUACAAUAUUAUAAUUCGUUGAAAAAUAAACUGGACGAAGUGACCAAAAACAACGUCCAAAAAAGUGAUUGGGUUUUCGUACCUUCGAAUUCGGACCCGUCUUGAGUUACUGAAAUUUAAAAUUUUUGUACUAUAAUUUUUAUUCUGAUGUGUUUUCCUAGCGAUCCGUUAACUUUUUCGUUACCUUGUCCUUUCGUAAUUCGUAUAUGUAAUUGUAAUUUCGUUAAUAUGUAAAUUUUUUACGUACUUUACUUACUGUGAUCGUCGUUUUGUGGUUUUUGAAAACUGGAAAUAGGCGUUGUUUUUUUUUUUUAUUUUUUGAACUAGUCUCGUUCAUUUCGAAAAUAUUGAAUUUGUAUAGUUUACCUAUAUUUUUUUUAUCGUUUUAUUUUGUAAGUUGUGUCAUCGUGUGAAUUUUAAAGUAAAUCAUUUUUAAUAUGUGA